AGGAAGAAGGAGUGGGAAUGGUGUAGUGUGUUAGUUCAUUUCCCAGGCAAGAGGUGCAGCAGGGUUUUUGGAGAAUUGAAGCUCUCGUUGUGAUCAGUGGGGAGUAGUUCACGAGCUCACUGUCGUCAUGGAGAAUGAACAGAACCCAGCUCCCAGCAACACCACCAGCAGUACCCGCUCGCAGGUGCCCCAGAUCUCUGUCUACAGCAGCUUGCCUGAGCGCCAGGCAGUCCAGGUGAUCCAACAAGCUCUCCAUCGCCAGCCCAACACUGCCGCUCAGUACCUCCAGCAGAUGUAUGCUGCCCAACAGCAGCACCUCAUGCUGCAAACUGCAGCCUUGCAGCAGCAGCAGCACCUGAGCAGUGCCCAGCUCCAGAGCCUGGCAGCAGUACAGCAGGCUAGUUUAGCGGCCAAUAGACAGGGAUCUUCACCGAACGGGAAUGUCUCGCAGCAACCAGUCUCCUCUCAGACUACUAUUAACCUCGCGACAUCCCCUGCUGCUGCUCAGUUGAUCAGCCGUGCUCAAAGUGUUAACUCUGCAGCUGCUACAGGAAUUGCUCAGCAGGCUGUCUUACUGGGGAACUCCAACAGUCCCACACUAACCGCCAGCCAGGCACAAAUGUACCUCCGGGCUCAGAUGGCACAGCAAAGUAACCUUGUGCAAGUAGCUAGGACCCUAGGACGUGCUGUUCCUUUGUCCCCCCAGCUCAUUUUCACACCCACUGCCACAGUCGCUGCUGUCCAGCCUGAGGUCACCAUCUCUCCAGCGAACCAACAAUCCGCUGCUCCACAGGUGCAAAAUUUAGCAAUAAGAAGUCAACAGAAUACAGCAGCAACAGUCCAGCCACAACUUCAAAGCGUCACUCUGAAAGCUACCCCCUCCGUUCAGCAAGUUUCAACUACCUCCCAGGCGAAAACUUCAGGACCAGCUCCUGUGGCGGCUACCAAAGGAGGCCAGUGUGAAACCAUGGCAGACAGUGGAAAGAAGAGUGAUAUAGUCAACUCUUCCAACACUGACACCAGAGCGGUCAGUGUGACCCCCACAGCAACCCCUGUGACCACACACGCCCUCAUUACCACAGCAUACGCACAGAUUCAGCCGCAUCAGUUAAUGCACCAACAGCAGCAGCAGCAGCUUCAGUUACAGCAGCAACAACAGAAACACCUGCAGCAUCAGUUUGUCCUUCAGCAACAGCAGCUUCAGCACCGACACCAGCAGCCCCAACUGAUCCACACCAGCACCCAGCUCCAGCCACUACAGCCACAGCAGACCCAGAGCCUGGCUGUACAGCCCUGUGCCCAGAUCCAGACCAGCGUGCAUCCUCAGGCCCAGGCUCAUGUGCAGGCACAGCACUGUCAGACUGUCGUCCAGCAGAAACAUCAGGCCCUGCACCUUCAGGGGGCUCACUCCCCUAGCCCGGUGCUGCAGCCUGUCUCUCAGGCCCAGCAGAGUUUGCAGCCAGGUCCCCAGCCUGGCCAGCCAGAUGCUCUGCUCAACAGUCAUGGACAGACUCACCAGCACCAACUGGCACCUCAGACCACUGCAGUAAAUCUCCAAAUCCAGCCAGCUGCUCACGUGAUCCAGCAGUGCCAGAGGAGCAGCCAGGACAUCAGCAGGAGAGAGAAGCCAGACACGGCCAUUGAGAAAGGGCCAUCAGAGAAAGCUGCAGUUCAGACAGCACCUCCGACCCCCAGCUGCUUAGCAACGUCCGAUCAGAAGAAAACUGAAUCCAGCAAGUCAAUAACACAAGGGAAAGUUCCGGAGAGUGUUAAUGCAAAGAACGCCAGCCCUGUCCCCACCAUGACAUCCGGGAAUGGUAACACAACUUCAUCUGUAACUGUGAGUGUGCCUCAGAGCACCGAGAACAAACCCCCUCAGGCAAUUGUCAAACCACAGAUCCUGACCCAUGUCAUUGAAGGGUUUGUCAUACAGGAGGGGGCUGAACCUUUUCCAGUUGGUCGUUCUUCAUUGCUGAUUGAAAAUCUGGCAAAACAAAAGCAACAGCAGCAACAAGCAUCCGUGCAGCCACCAGAGAAACUAACCCAGCUGAAUAACACCGAUUCUGAGAUGGAUGACCUCAGCCAGCAAGACUCGAAGGAAAAGGAAGAAGAUGCUCUCAAACUGAAAUGUGAAUUUUGUGGAAGGCUUGAUUACGCUCAUAAGUUUAAGGGAUCGAAGAGAUUUUGCUCCAUGGCCUGUGCAAAGAGGUACAAUGUUGGCUGCAGUAAGCGAGUGGGUCUCUUCAAACCAGAUAAAAGCAAAUACUUGCAGAAGAAGGAAGCCAGCAAAUUAGGGCGAAGGGGGCCAAGGAAGAACAGCUUGCACAAUGCCAACAAAGAGCAACACAAGAAACAGCCGAAGCAGCCACCAGCCAACGUAGGGUUAAAUCAGGAGGACUCCAGCAGAGGAUCAGAUAACUCCAGCUAUGAGGAACCACUGUCACCCAUCUCUGCCAGUUCCUCAACAUCUCGGAGGCGCCAGAAUGAUCGAGAGUUGGAUAUUCAUGAUAUGAGAGUGCGAGAACCAAUGGGAAUCGGUCAUCACUUUUUACCCAAUGACCCCACCAAGUGGAACGUGGAGGACGUGUGUGAGUUCAUCCGCUCACUGCCAGGUUGCCAGGAGAUUGCUGAUGAAUUCCGGGCACAGGAAAUUGAUGGCCAGGCCCUUUUGCUGCUCAAAGAAGAUCAUCUGAUGACUGCCAUGAACAUUAAGUUAGGCCCGGCUUUGAAAAUUUAUGCCCGAAUCAACAUGCUGAAAGAUUCUUAACCAAAAGCUAUGAGAAAUAGAGGAACGUUGGACAACUAGCGGAAUGGCUAUUCUAUAAGCCGAGGUUUCUGGUCACUGUGAUGAUAGUUCUGUUUGGAAAGAAAACGGAAGUGUUGUACAAUAAACUCCAACUGCAAUGGGUGCAACACAAAACAAUUAUUGGCUUCAUGAGAAGCUCGCAUUCCGGGUACCAUUUUUCCUGAAUAUGGAAAAGGAAGUGAUAUUCCAUAAGCAAAAAUAAAUGCAGCAGUAUUGGCGCAAGAAGUCUUCUCCCCAAUGUGAUUCAAUGCAUUGAGUGUUUAGAUAAUGAUUCUUUUACAGAAUGUUGUGAACCUGCCAGUGGUUGGCAAUUGGACACCUCACUGACAUCCUGAAAAUCAUUGUGUUUUUGGAACUAGACCUGUCCUGAGGUUGGUCUCUAUUUGAAUCUGCAUGUUUAGAGAUUAGACUUGCUGUAGAAUGAUUUGAUAAUCAAGAUCUAUUUUGUGAUCUUUUAAUGUGCCUGGAAUAACAAUGGUGCUGUAAAAUGACUCUAAUUGUAAUUGUAUAAGAUUGGAUGAAGUAUUUGUGUGGAUGUUCCUGUUUCUAGAAUUUUUAGAUCACGUAAAAGAAACAAGUGAUUUAAUGUUCUGUCUGUGUGGCAGUAUUUCCUUUAUAAACUACAGCUGAAAACCCUCACCUGUAAAUAUUCUUUCCCCAACAUGCCAUAGAUUUCAUUUUCCAAGAUCCUUUUUUCCUCUUUCACAUUUUUUUUUCCUGAGCUUUUAUAAUAGCGAUUCAGAAAUCUGAACAGGCCAGAAUUUAGUAUUACAACUGAAAAUAUUUUAUUUUAGUGCAUGGAUUAAACUGAAGGGUUAAGAUGACAUGCAGCUGGCUCUUGUGUGAUUUAGUACAAGAGUCUGAGCUGCAUUCCCAGGAGGAGUUGGGAAUUUACAAAGUGAUAAAAGGACAGAGGCAAUUGUGUUCUCACCCAAUCCAGUUGCUAUUUGUCUACAUGCCAAUUAAUCCAGGCCACAGCUCUUGAAGAUUGAUUCUGCGCAGUGAAUGGGAGGGACCAGUCACAAUCCUGUACUUGACUUAUGGUCACAUACACACUUCCAUUAUAUCGGGAGUAGCUUGUCAUCUCUCUCUCUCUCUCUCUCUCACUUCACACCCCCCACACCCCCUCCCCCUUCCCCUUCCCCUCCCAACACCUCCAGUAAUCAAAUCCCAGAAAUACUGAAGCUAAUAGCUAGUUUUACCCCCACCUCCCACCAUGGCACUCAACGUCUAUAAGCUCUAAUACCCCAGAAGCAUUCAAGCUAACUGAGGCACUGACCAUCUUUGAUUUAGAACCUGCAGCUUUGCACCUAUUGUUCACUCUCUGCAUUCCCCCACGUGAAAUCUCCCCACUGUUCUCAAUCAACUAGUUUUGGUAGAAGUGGUAUGGUUGUUAGUGCAGCACAACCAUUACCAUUGCUGGCCAAAGCUCAGUGACCGGUUGGGUUGUAACAAAAACAAUCUUUUGGCCACUUGCAGAGUUUGGAGUCUUGUAUGACAGCACACUGUUAAUGGUGCAAUAUUACCUCCAUUCUUAUUGAUGAAUACUGUAUUUGCUGACCUUAAAGACCAAUGAAAUUAAAAAUAAAAUAUGAUCUUACAAAGCAAGACAUAGAAAUGUAGCUUUAACCAUUGAUUUUUAAUGUUGUUAAAGGGACAAUAUAUUUUGGGUGUGCAGCUGGUCACUGGCUUACUUAGUGUUGUGCAGGCAGUUCUUAAACUGAAAAUCUGAUUUACUUCAAUAUUUACAUACACAGGAGACUCCCAGAAUUCCUUUCUCUUGCUUCACAGUUGCUAUAAGUGGUUCAUUUCAAGUGGCUAACCUUAAAAAGAAAAAAAUUCUACGAUCACACGGAGCAACUAAAACAUUUAAUUUCUGGUAACUACUACACACCAGUCACAGAAGGUCAAGUAUUAGCUGUCUAACGAACCUUACUCCGCUUUUUUUUCUGUUUUAUAAGGAUUUCAUUUUAUUUUUGCCAAAAGCUAAAAGAAAAUAAGGUUUCACGAGGAGUCUGAGCGAAGAAAGUUUUUAGCUCCCCUGAUAACUUUGCUCAAACCUGGCACACUUGCUUUUGGAAAGUCUGCACUGUUAUUUACUUAAAAUGUAAUAGGUAUUGCAAACAGUGGAUUAUGAAGUGUUUUGAAUUCCUUUUGACCUGGUAACUUGUCUGGCAAGGUAGGCAAUGUCCUUCUAAAUGUUGUGAGUAUUCUGAGCUUAUGAAAUUACGUAGCAUUUUAGUGUCUACAAGUCAAACAUGCCUUUUCACAUUAGUGUCUGUAUUCCACUUAAGGAAACCAUCUUUUGUACACUACAAAUAGAAAGGCUUCAGAUGACCAAAGACAUGUUCAAAAAUGUGGCUUACCAGAUUUGGUCAUUUCCCUGUCCUGUUUGUUUCUUUUCCUUUAGAGGAAGUACUGUGUUGAUUACAUUUCAAUGUUCA